AGACGCUCUAACCGUCGUCUAUAUAGCCUCCAUCCAUCGCCGUCCUCCCCUCCCAUUGUUUCUCGUAGCUUCCUUCCUUCCGCGCCCUCCCUCUCCUUUUCAUCUGUGCGUUCUUGCGAAGCUGUUCAACCGAGGCGAGAUGGCGGAAAAGCGGAAGGCCGACGACAACCUUAACGGGACAAGGCAUCCGGCUGCGCGGACGGACCCUACAGCCGGCGACGAACUCGCCGGUACAUCGGCGCAGGCAUCAGGGCCGACGGCGAAUCCAACCGGCGACGGCAUUGCCGGGACUUCGCAGGCGCUUGCGGGGCUGACGGCGGCGACUACAGGCUCCGCCGGCGGCUCUUCCCAGUCCGGUGGAGCUGCUCGCGGGGCCAGGGGCGGGUCGGGGUACAGGGGAUUCUCCCAGUCGCAGCCGCAUAGGAGGGCGCCGCAGAUGCCAUCUCAGGGGAUGCUCCGGCCGCCGCAGAUGCCAUCUCAGCGGAUGCUCCGGCCGCCGCGGGGCAAUCCAGCCGUUGGGAGUGCGCCCUUCCCGUACCACGCGCCGACCGGCAAUGGUUCGCUCUCCGGCCCCAGGCAGACAGGAACAGGGCAGCCGCUCGGCCACUCCGGCUCCGGCGGGCAGCCUUCUUCGGCGAUCUCUUCCGCAAGCGCACCAGGCGCUCCAGUCAAUCCCCUCGUUCGAGCGUGCCCUCGUUGCAACAGGCCCACGAUCGUGUUUUUGGGCUUGUCGCCAUUGUGCGCGGAUUGCUUAAGCACUUUCGUCAUCAGCUACGUGCUUCCGCGGCACCCGGAGAUCCACUACGGCGGCGCCAGCUCGACCACCGCCAAUGGUCACCAGCGCCAGCUCGACCACCGCCUCCGCCAGCCUUCUUCCGCGGCGCUGCCACGGGCACGGGCUGCCGUCGGCCCACUCAGAAGGGCACCGACUGAUGGCUGGUGCAAUAAUUGCCUAGCGCUAACCAGGGGGGUUUUGGGCUCGUCGCCCUUGUGCGAUGUUUGCUACAACCGCCUCUUCGUCGCCGGCGACGUGCCUCCGCAGCACGCGCAGACCGGCGGCCACGUGCUUCCGAGUCCGGUCCCCAGCUACGCCUACGCGGGUGUGCCACGGGGGCCAGUCCCUGCCGGUGAGCAGCAGUACCGGGCUGCGGCCAUUGGGCCUUCUUCCACCUCGAGCUCGGCCGUGGGUUCGGGCCCGAUCUGCCAGGCUUGUGGCCACCCCUUCGGCACCGGCAACAGGGCGUGCAGGCUUUGGCGCCUCCACGGUCCGCCACCGCCACCGCCAGGGCUCGGCUAGCUCAUAUCUCGUCGCUCCAAUGAGUACUGUGAGUGAGAAUGUCUUCUGAACUCCGGCAGCCAUUUCUGCUGGCUCUGUUUUGACAAAGAUGUUUGCUCUGUUUUGACGAAGAUGUGGCCAAAUGUGGCAAUACAUACAUAGAGUAGAUCAUAUACUUGAUUGUUUC